CUUGGGGCGGGUGGGUGAAGAGACGUGCCUAUCAGGAAAACCUCCGGCGGCUGAGAUACGUGUCUAACAGCAGCACCUCCGGCGCGGCGGCGGACAUAUUUAUUUAUAUGCAUCAGAGAGGGGAGAAGAAGAGUAAGGAGCAGAGCAGAGAUGAGCGGGAUCGGGAGAACGGUAUGCGUUACGGGGGCGUCGGGGUACAUAGCGUCGUGGCUGGUGAAGCUCUUACUGCAACGCGGCUACACUGUCAAGGCUACUGUUCGAGAUCCUAGUGAUGCAAAGAAGGUAGAGCACUUGCAUGUACUUGAGGGAGCCAAAGAGAAACUUCACUUGUUUAAAGCAAACCUACUGGAAGAAGGUUCCUUUAAUUCUGCAAUUGAUGACUGUGAGGGUGUCUUUCACACAGCAUCACCUUUCUAUCAUGACGUUAAAGAUCCCCAGGUAGAAUUGAUUGAUCCUGCAUUGAAGGGAACACUUAAUGUUCUUCAGGCAUGUGCAAAAACCCCAUCUGUCAAAAGAGUGGUGUUGACUUCCUCUAUGGCUGCAGUGGCAUUCAACUUCAAGCCCCGAACUCCUGAAGUAGUAGUUGAUGAGAGCUGGUUUUCUGAUGUGGAGUUCUGCAAGCAAAAUAAGCUUUGGUAUGUGCUGUCAAAGACUUUAGCAGAAGAAGCUGCCUGGAAGUUUGUGAAAGAAAAGGGUAUUGAGAUGAUUACAAUAAACCCUGCAAUGGUUAUCGGUCCGUUAUUGCAGCCAACACUUAAUACUAGUGCUGCUGCAAUUUUGAACUUAAUAAAUGGUUCAGAAACAUUUCGAAAUUAUUCAUAUGGAUGGGUUCAUGUCAAAGAUGUUGCCAAUGCGCAUAUUCAAGCAUUUGAGAUUCCUUCAGCUAAUGGAAGAUAUUGCAUGGUUGAGACAGUUGCACACUUAUCUGAAACCGUGAGGAUUAUACAUGAGCUUUUUCCUGAUCUUAAGCUUCCAGAAAAAUGUGCAGAUGACAAGCCAUUUAUGCCAACUUUCCAGGUAUGUAAGUCAAAGGCAAAAAGCUUGGGCAUCGAUUUCAUUCCUACUAAGGAGAGCAUCAAAGAAACUAUUGAAAGCUUGAAGGAGAAGAAAUUUUUCAUUCAGUGAGUUGUGCUGGUAUUAGCUUGACUUUCAAGAAAAAUAAAUAAAUAAAUAAGAGAAGGUAGAGAGCCACAGAUUGUCUUGUUGGCAUUACAAGAGGCCUCCAUCUGUGUUGAGAUUUGCCCAAAUUGUGAAACCUCCUUUGAACAUACUGUAUAUCUAGUUUGCUAAACUAGAACUAGAAUGGCAUUGGAAACCUUCUUAUAGUUAAUAUCCACCGUUGUUUUCAGCACAUCCCUCUCUCUUUCGCAUGGCAAAGAUUUACGGAUGAUUGUGACGUGAGCCUAAUUUAUGUAUGUUUGGAACUGAGAUUUAUGGAAUGGAAAGCAAAGGAAGAUAAAUACUUUUAUGUGUUUUUAAAA